AAGCCCGCCUCCGCCCUGGGCCUCCGGGGAUCCGGGCCUUUGCUGGUGUCCCCAUGCUUCCCAGCCAGGCCUCGUCCUGGUACCGGCGGAUGUCGGUGGUCUACGCGAUCGGGACCUGGACUUUGUUGGGCUCAAUGUUCAUAAUGAGCAGGAAAGACGGCAAGCCGCCAGGUGAUGAAGUAGAACAAAAGGAUGUCUCAACAAAUGAACUACUUGAGCCCCCGAAAGGGUUUUAUAUGGAAACCAUUGUCACAUAUAGAGAAGAUUUUGUUCCAGUUACUGAAAAGAUCCUUAACUAUUGGAAAUCAUGGACUGGUGGCCCUGGUCCAGAAUCGUGAAUGACUGCUCGAAUUCUGAAAACCAAAACCUUGAUUCAGCAUUUAAAUUUAAUAGACACUGUAGUUUCCAUUUUAUGUUUGUGAAAACUAUAUAUAUCUAAUUUAAUUUUACUAUAAAAUAUAAUCACUAAUAAUAUGCAAUAAAUAUUUCUUCGAAGAAAACUAAACUUGCAUA